UGGUGUUUGCCGAUUCAAUAAAAAGCGAAGGGUGAACUCAGAAGCUUUUUUUGACCGAUUUCUAACAUAUCAGUGAACUCGCUGGAGGAACCCUAACAAAACCCACGCAUACAAGUUCCAUUUUCGUGCUGUUCGAGCUGAAUCUUCGAUUCCUUGCCUCCAUUAAACCAUGUAUGCUCCUCCAUCUACCAUUCCUCGCCAGCUCUUACACGUUUUCUGGCACGACGGCAUGCUUAGCCAUGACGCCGGCAUUGGAGUCUUCGACACAGGCCACGAUCCUGGUUUCCUCGAAGUGUUGGAGAAACACCCGGAGAACGCCAGCCGAGUGAAGAACAUGGUCUCCAUCCUCCGCAAGGGUCCAAUCUCUCAAUACAUCUCCUGGCAUACCGGAAGACCUGCUCGGAUUUCUGAGCUUCUCUCUUUCCACACCUCUGAAUACAUAGGUGAACUAGUCCAGGCUGACAAGGAAGGGGGAAAAGAUCUUUGUGCUGGUACUUUUCUGAAUCGUGGUUCAUGGGAUGCUUGUCUUCUUGCUGCUGGGAGCACUUUAGAAGCAAUGAAAUAUGUGCUCGAUGGGCAUGGGAAACUGGCUUAUGCAUUAGUGCGGCCACCUGGUCAUCAUGCGCAGCCUACUAGAGCUGAUGGCUAUUGUUUCCUGAACAAUGCUGGUCUUGCUGUUCAACUUGCUCUUCAAUCUGGCUGCCCAAAGGUUGCAGUAAUUGACAUUGAUGUCCAUUAUGGCAAUGGCACGGCGGAAGGUUUCUACCACUCGAAUAAGGUUCUUACAAUUUCGCUUCAUAUGAAUCAUGGUUCUUGGGGGCCUUCACAUCCUCAAAGUGGAGACAUUGAUGAGGCUGGUGAAGGCGAUGGGUUUGGUUACAACUUGAACAUACCUUUACCCAAUGGAACAGGUGAUGAGGGUUAUGUGUAUGCAAUGAAUGAGUUAGUUGUUCCAGCUAUUCAAGAGUUUAAGCCUGGCCUUGUUAUUUUGGUUGUUGGACAAGAUUCUAGUGCGUUUGACCCAAAUGGAAGGCAAUGCCUAACGAUGGCUGGUUAUAGGCACAUUGGUCAAUUAUCACGCUUUCUAUCUGAUCAAUUCUCCAAUGGGCGCCUAUUGAUUGUUCAAGAAGGAGGCUAUCAUGUCACAUACUCGGCAUAUUGUCUUCAUGCAACUCUGGAGGGCGUUCUGAAUCUUCCAGAACCUCUUUUAGCAGAUCCGAUUGCUUACUACCCUGAAGACAAGGGCUUCUCUGUUAAAGUUGUUGAUGCUAUUAAGCAGUACUGGAAAGAAAACUUCCCAUUCUUAAAGGAAAUCUGAAUAGCUGUGAGCAAGAAAAUCGGGGUACCAAUAUUUAUACUACUUACAAAAAUGCUAGCACGAAUCUCAAGGGGAUUAGGCAACCAUGAGAAAGAAGACUUGCAGACGAAGUUCCAGAUCAAAGAACAGAAAUUUCACCCGCAAGCAGUCGAUCAACUUUAUAGCUGAAUCAACAGACGUUGGCUUUCGACCGAUAAAUUCACCAAACGAGUGAACGCAAUCAACUAAAUGUGCACUUUUAUCAAAUUACCAGUCGAUAUAAUCAGCUGACUCGAACAUCGGGCGGUCGCCAGAGUCAACCAACUCAAACAUCAGGAGGUUGACCGACAUCAGAUUUUCAUUCACAUUGUAAUGUAAUUUUUAU